CUGCUAGCACAGUUUAAUUUUGGAGUAGAAGACAAAGAAAUGCGGAAACGUCGGAGAAAUUCUUUGCAGCAAAUUGAUUGAAAAAGAAAGCUUAUUGGAAACAAAUGACUCUGAGACACAUUAUGUUUUUUGCUCCGAAACCGUAAGAGUUAACACCCCGCUUGCGUGAGUUUGCUACUCUCAGGUUCUUGCUAACGUUAGCCUUUUAGCUGCAUGUAAACAAUGAACUAAACAACUACUCUCAACGCACAGCACAAAAGCAUAAGUGUUAGUUCAUUCCCGAGAAAGAUGGAGUCACUCAACACAUUUGAGUCAGAGAUGGAGCCUGACGGGCAAGGGAGCUACUCUCUAUUUCCAUCUUUGGAUAGCAUCGCUGGUCUGUCUGGGACGGCUGAUACGCUGGAGAGUGAACCAUCCAGUGAAAUUUCAGAAAAGCCAAACCUCACCUGGCUUGAUGCUGCUCAGAUCGUUUUGGAGGAAGCUGGACAUCCCAUGCACAUUAAAGAGAUCAAGCAAAGAAUCAUUGACCGGGGGCUUGUUCAGUCCAAUGCAAAGUCAAGUCUGGAAGCUGUCAUGUAUCGCGAGACACAAAAAGGCAGCAAGAGAUUCAAGAGGAUUGAAAACAGAAAUGGAGUCUUUGCAUUGCUGACAGAUGUUGAGCGGCAGCAGGCCCUAAAGGCCUUCACAGCUCAGGCCUUCCUGGGCACACCGCAGCAGAACACCGUCUCUGCUUCGGGAUCCGGGGCCGCCCCUGCUGUUGCGCCUUUUCCGUCCCCUGCAAUCUCCUCAGAGAACAAAGCCAAGAUGAGGAGAGGUGCGCGGAAAAAAAUGAAUGAAAAGUAUCGGUUGAAGUACCUCCGACUACGCAAAGCAGCACGAGCCAUGAUAUUUGAAAACGCAGCUUUGCAUGACGAAGUUGCCCAUCUAGAAGAGAAAUUUUUAAGAGCCAAGGAAGAGCGCCAAUUGUUGCUGUUGCACUACCAGUCCCUGUCAGAGGGUGACUUCCUGCCCACGCCCAGCUCGACCACUCAUCCCGCCGUGCCGCCUCUCCCGGCGAGCUCCGGUCCCGGAGCACCACCCAGCCUGUGCGGGACGCACAUGCUCACAUCCGUGGCGUCGGCUGUGGACGAGGGGCAGCUUAAAAAACCCAAGAAGGAGCGCAAAGAGCGGGGCAGAGAGAAUGGAAAGGAUGAGCUUCCGAAGAAAAUGGCAAAGAAACGAAAACUGGCUGACGGUUCCCGUAAGCUUGUGCAACCCAUCCCGCUUGACUCCUGCGGUCGUCCCGUCUUCCCCAUCGUGUUGGGCGGCUUAACGUUGUACAGCUUGGGCGAGAUCAUCACGGACCGAAUGUUUUUCCAUGACGAAUGUGCCAUCUACCCGGUGGGCUUCUGCAGCACGCGGGUCUUUGCCAGCAUGAAAAACCCUGAGCUGCAGUGCCUCUACACAUGCCAAAUCAAAGAUGGAAGAAGCGGACCGCAGUUUGAGAUUGUACCUGAGGACGAUCCCCAGAAUGCCAUCGUGGCCUCCUCGGCCCUGACGUGCCACUCGAACCUACUCAAGGCCAUCGCGUCAGUCAGUUCCAAGGCUGUUGCCCCAAUUGUGCCAUCCGGAGCAGUUUUUGGCUUCUCGCAUCCCACCAUCCAGAAUCUCAUUCAAAGUUGUCCUGGCGCACGGAAGUGUAACAACUACCGAUGGAUACGUUUUGAAGUGUGUCGCCCGGGCGAUGGCCAGAAUCCUCACAGCCUGUCAGAGGACGACGCCUCCAUCAACUUUGAGGCCUAUCAGCGACACCGACGCUUUAGUGACAAGCUGGAGCAAAUCCCAGCACAGACAUUGCAUUGUUCUAGUGCGUCGCACCUGACCACCACAUCUGUGAAGCCGUUGACUUCCUACUUCAGCUCCUGAAUUUCGGUUCCUAAAAGGCUUUGAAGGUCAUAAGAAUUGACAAGACAAGGAUGACAAAUGCAGAAAACAUCAAUUGUUUAUUUUUGUGACUAGAAACCAGUCGCUCAAUAUUGACCUUUUUAUUCGUUCAAAUUGUGCAAAUGACAGUGACUUGUGUGGUAAAGUGUUCGUUUAAAUAAAAACAUGGACCU